AUGUCUACAACUACAAGCAAUGAUAUGUUGAUUAGAGUGUUGUUGGUGGGCGAUCCAGAUGUUGGAAAGACAACAUUGAUGUGGAGGACAUGUGACAAUAUACUACUCACAGCUGAACAAGCCAACAUUACAUUGAACAACACAAUGAAAUCAAAGACGAUACAACUUGGAAAGAAGCAGAUAGUAGUUAGAUUUCACGACACUGUAGGACAGGAGCGAUUUAGAACGCUGUCAAAGAGCCUAUAUACAAACACAGACGCGAUUAUACUCACGUACGACCCAUCGACAAGGUCAUCUUUUGAGAGACUGCCAUCGUGGUGGCAGGAGAUAGAGCGAUAUGCAAAGGCUGCCAAUCCUAAACUAUUUAUUGCACUGGCCACCACAAAGUCGGAUCUGGCCGCAUCGACACAAGUCGUCACAGUUGCCGAGGGCCAGGAGUUUGCCAACCAGAAGGGUAUCACCCUGAUGCACACCAGCGCAGCCACCGGGGCAGGCGUAGACGAGCUGCUUCAACUAGUGGCCAAGAAUGCAGGAGAAAAGUUGUUCGCCGAGGAGAACUGGACCAAGUUAAGAAUCAAAUCACCAAAUAGAUCAUCACCGACAUUGUCUGGAAGCAAUGGAGUCGCUGCCACUGGUGGUAGCAGUAGUGGGGGCAGCAGUAGCGGCAGUGGAAACAACAAUGCUGGUGGCAACAGUCCUGCUGGCGAGAAGAAAUCAUUCUGUACAAUAUUGUAG